UCUGUGUGUUUGAGUGUAUCUGUGUGUGUGUGUGUGUGUGUGUGCGUGCAUGUGUGUGAGCAUUGCGGAUAGAGUUGAGACAGCUUUUUAUUCUAUCAUUUAUAACUAUGGUAUAGCAUUAACCUAUGAACUAUAGAACAGUGCAAUAAACUAGAUGCCUCCGUAUUUUGGAGGUAGAAAAUGGAAACAUCAUUCAUUUUCUCACUUAAAUAUGUGUGAAUCAAAAGAAAAAACUUUCUUCAAGCUCAUACAUGGCACAGGAAAAGAAGAAACCAGCAAAGAGGCCAAAAGCAGAGCUAAGGAGAAAAGAAACAGGCUAAGUCUUCUCGUGCAGAAAGCUGAGUUACAUGAAGAGACCCACUCCAGUAGAUCUGGGCCCUUGGCCAAAGAAACAAGUGUCUCCCCUGAAGAAGCAGUGAAAUGGGGUGAAUCAUUUGACAAACUGCUUUCCCAUAGAGAUGGACUGGAUGCUUUUACCAGAUUUCUUAAAACUGAAUUCAGCGAAGAAAACAUUGAAUUUUGGAUAGCCUGUGAAGAUUUCAAGAAAAGCAAGGAACCUCAACAACUUAUUGUUAAAGCAAAAUCAAUAUACAAGAAUUUUAUACAGAAUGAUGCUCCAAAAGAGGUUAAUCUUGAUUUUUGCACCAAAGAAAUCAUUGCUAAGAGUAUCACUGAUCCCACACUCCACAGUUUCGAUGCUGCACAAAGCAGAGUGUAUCAGCUCAUGGAACAAGACAGUUAUAUGCGUUUUCUGAAAUCUGACAUCUAUUUAGACUUGAUAGAAGGAAGACCUAAGAGACCAACAAAUCUAAGGAGACGAUCACGCUCAUUUACCUACAAUGAAUUCCAAGAUGUAAAAUCUGAUGUUGCCAUCUGGUUAUAAAUUAAUUUGACUUCGUUUAUUCUGAUGGUAAACUGCAC